AUUGUAGACUCUUCUACGAUUGCCAAGAUUUGCAAUGAUAUGGUGAAGCCAAAGGCUGGAACCAAAAAGAUUUUCUCAGCUCUUUAGUUUUAACAACAGUGAAUUGUCCACCAACACUCAUCAUGGCUAAAAGUGCAGAGGUCAAACUGGCAAUAUUUGGGAGAGCAGGAGUGGGCAAGUCAGCUCUUGUGGUGAGAUUUUUGACCAAACGAUUCAUCUGGGAAUAUGAUCCCACCCUCGAGUCAACCUACCGACACCAAGCGACCAUUGAUGAUGAAGUCGUUUCCAUGGAGAUACUAGAUACCGCUGGACAGGAAGACACCAUUCAGAGGGAAGGCCACAUGCGAUGGGGGGAAGGCUUUGUGCUGGUCUAUGACAUUACCGACCGAGGAAGUUUUGAGGAAGUGCUGCCACUUAAGAACAUCCUGGAUGAGAUAAAAAAGCCCAAGAAUGUGACUCUUGUUUUGGUCGGAAACAAGGCAGACUUGGACCACUCCCGACAGGUUAGUACAGAAGAAGGGGAGAAGCUGGCCACGGAGUUGGCAUGUGCUUUUUAUGAGUGUUCUGCCUGCACCGGAGAAGGAAGCAUCACGGAGAUAUUCUACGAGCUGUGCCGGGAGGUGCGUCGCCGGAGGAUGGUCCAGGGCAAGACGAGGCGACGCAGCUCCACCACGCACGUCAAGCAGGCCAUUAACAAGAUGCUCACCAAAAUCAGUAGUUAG